AUGAGGACCCGCUGGCUGGGGCUGCUGCCUCUGCUCCUGCUGGCCUGGCCAGCCCAGGCCCUGAGGUGUCACCAGUGCUCGGCCACACAUGACUGCCUCCAGCCCACAGAGUGCCAAGCCAACACCCACUACUGCCUGACCACCUGGAACAGUCCCCCAGGCCAGAGAACGAACAUCAUAAAAGCUUGUGCUUAUACCUGCCCCGGCUUCCAGGAGAGCCUGGCUUACUCCAGGGCUUCCUGCUGCAACACAGACCUCUGCAACAGCGCCCCACGUGCCCGCGUCAGCUGGGGGCUACUGGCCCUCAGCCUCUGGUGCGUCUGCCUCAGCAGGUAG